UUGCAGGAUUGAAUACAGUAAUUGAGAAAUGCACUUUCACUUGGGAUUUGCGGUGUCAGAAGGUGACGUUCUCCUCUCUUUGCUGUCAACAUAAAUUCCGAUGAUUUUAAAAUGUAUGUAUCCAUGGUGCUGGAGACCGUAGUGGCCACAGUUUUGAUGAUCCCCAACAGGCAUGCAAAGAAGAUCAAACUGUAAUUGUUAUAAUCUGACACAGUACACGCAGUUGUAGCGACCUCCCAAUACACUAAUACGCAUAAAUUCAAUCAGUUGCUGCCACAAGGGUCGCUCCUUCAGAUUUGCCAUUUAUAUAUUCUGCUUGUGUAGCUCUACUGGGCCCUGCCCUGUGCUGUCUGCCCUGGCACUCUGUUUCAGUUGACUGGGAGAAUGGCUGCUGACGUCCAUAAUAGAAAGGUGACCUGGGAGAUCCAGAAUGGAUCCUUGGCUCCUGUGGACAAUCGACGGAGCGAGAGCCCCACUCCAGGGCUAGUGGAGGGGACAGAGCCAGGUGCUGGGCAGGAGAACGCCAUGUUCGUCCACACCCAGUCCUUCGAGGAUCUCACUGCAGAUAGUGAGGAAGCAGCCGACAGAGACAGCCAAUCAGAAUCCACCUCCAAGCUGAGUCGUGACAUCAGCCAGCUCAGCACACAGGAAGGAGACCAGUCAGGGGAGGGAUUAGAUGCCGAGCAGAGGCAAGAAGGCAAGCCCAGCAGGAGGGUAGAUGAGGAUGACGUGACCAGCGAGACAUGGAGACAGAGAAGGAAACAUGUCUUUGUGCUGAGCGAAGCAGGGAAGCCUAUCUACUCCCGAUACGGAACAGAGGAGGCUCUAUCCAGCACCAUGGGAGUGAUGGUGGCACUGGUGUGUUUUGUGGAAGCUGAGAAGAAUGUCAUUAAGUCGAUUCAUGCAGAUGACUACAAGGUAGUGUUCCUGCGCAAGAGUCCGCUUGUCUUGGUGGGGGUGGCCCGGACAAGACAGUCUGAGCAGGAGCUGUCCCGAGAACUGCUGUACAUCUACUACCAGAUUGUGAGCCUGCUCACCCUCACACAGCUCAACCACAUUUUCGAGUGCAAGCAGAACUAUGACCUACGGCGACUGCUGGUCGGCUCUGAACACCUCACAGACAGCCUCCUGAAUCUGCUGGACAGAGAUCCAGGCUUCCUUCUGUGUGCGGUCACCUGCCUGCCCCUCCCCUCCUCCACCAGAGAUGUGAUCAGCUCCAGCCUCCAGGCAGCCAAAGCCAAGAACCUGGUCUUCUCCAUCCUGCUGGCGGGGAACCGCCUGGUGUCUCUGGUGAGAAAGAAGGACCAGUAUCUCCACCACAUGGACCUCCACCUCCUCUUCAACCUGGUGAACUCCUCCAGCUCCUUCCGUGAGGGCGAGGGCUGGACGCCCAUCUGUCUUCCCAAAUUCAACCCGGCCGGCUUUUUCCACGCCCACAUCUCCUAUCUGGAGUCAGCCUCUGACCUCUGCCUCAUCCUGGUCUCCACUGACCGCGAGGACUUCUUCAACCUGUCUGACUGCAAGCGGCGCUUCCUGGAGCGUCUCCGCCGCCGCAGUGCCUACAUCACUCUGCAGGAGGCACUGCAGGCCCCUGUCUACUCUGCCACUCAGGUGGGCAUCCCCGAACUGAGGCACUUCAUCUAUAAGUCCAAGAGUUCUGGUCUCUACACCAGUCCUGAGCUGCCAGUCCCCUACCUGGCUGAGGAGGAGCAGGAGAGGCUGAUGGGUCUGUACCAGUACCUGCAUAGUCGUGUCCACCACCCCAAGCGCCAGCUGCACUCCAUCUACCACUGCGGAGAAAGAGAGAACUUGCUGGCUUGGGUGACCAGUGGCUUUGAGCUGUACCUGUGUUUUAGCCCCUUGGGGACCAAGGCACUGGCCAUGACUGCCAUUACCAAGCUAUUAAAAUGGAUUAGAAAAGAGGAAGAUCGCCUCUUCAUCCUCAGCCCACAGACAUACUGACCAAUACCAUUUCCCUAGACCCCGACACCAAGGCACUGGCUACUUCUUUGAAGUGGAACGUUUCUUAAACACUGACCAAUUUUUUUAGAAAUAGACAGUACCUGCGUCUUAAAAGACACUGCUUAAACUAUAACCAGUUAUACUAAUUUGUGAAACCGUCUUUUAAUUGAUGCUGUUUAUUACAAUGGAACAGACUACUUUCUUUAUGUGAAACUUACAAAAAAGAGGUAUGCAUUCUUCAUAUUAUGGUUCAAUAAGGGAGGUAUCAGAUUACACAUUGAAUAAUGAAGCAGUAAUACCCAAUACAGAAUGAAUUACAAGAGACUAUGUCUCUCUCUCUCUCUCUCUCUCUCUCUCUCUCUCUCUCUCUCUCUCUCUCUCUCUCUCUCUCUUAGAUAAAUGCUCGGUUAGUCUUGAGCAGUAUUAGUUUCAAGUUCAUUCAGAAUACCCAUGAGAGGAGCUUAUAUUUUAUUGUAAAUAUGUUAACCCCUUGUGACUUACUGAAUUACUAGGCACUCUUUUUCACAUUCUGGGAUUAUGCUUGUUUUAUAUUUCACUUAUAUUCUUAAAUUAUGUUUCUUUACAUAUUGUAAGUUUUCCAUGAGAAGUAGUAUAAGGACAGUGGAAAAUCAACACUGUUUAUCUAGGUUAUGUCCAUGGUGUUGGGACAUUCUUUAAAGAUUUUAAAUUGAAGCUGACAUAUUCAAACUACCUGUAUAUAAUGUGUGAUCAACCCAUUUGGAAACCUGCUUGUGAAUGAAAGAAUGGUAACACUAUGUAACACAAUUUUUGUUCCUGGGUAGUAAGUGUUAUUUCCUAAUUGCUUAUGCCUCAAAAGUAUA